CUAAAUCUCCAAUCCUACAAUUCACUUAACAGAAACAUAGAGAUGCAAACUUCGCGAGGUGGACGUUUGCCCAAAAAACGCAGGAGUUAAACUUUGACCUUAACUGUAAAUUUAUUAUCCAGCUCUCAUUCACGUGGGUUUAUUUAAAUGCAAAUGCGGAGAUGUGGGGAGUCAGAGGGGGUGAGGGGGCAAGGAUCGGCGCGACGGGAAAUGUGAUUCAACUAUUUCUUUGUGUUGUUCUUUGCAAAGCCUUUGCGUUCCCAUGGGUACAAGCAGCGAGGAGCUCCACAGCUGAAGUUCCUCCUUUCAGAUGGGGUUCCCUGAUUACUGUGGAGGAUCUGAAAAGGAAUUUGGAUAACUAGAACACUGACCCUCAAUGCAAACCCAUCCCGUAUGCUGGAGUGCUGUCUCUUUAAUUACUUUUCAUGCGGUUUGCGUUGGUGUACGAACACCACAUCUGAUGUGAGGUUAGUUUUGGAACCAUUUUCUAAGCUGUCUUUGCUUUAUAGUGUGUAAACUGUGGCAUGUGCCUGGGAUUAGGACAUUUCAUUGAGGAUUUUAGCAGCACCCCGAUGGUUAUAUGCUUGGAAAGAGAACUUCAUGGCCUGAACUUCGAGCAACACUUUGUUCGCUGGGACGUUUUCAGUUUGCAGCUGAAAGAUGUUCCAGUUCAUCAGGAAGCAAAUUCACAAUCACCUUGUGGAGCGGAAAAUUAGGAAAACACGACUUGUUACAAAGGAUGGCCACUGCAACAUUAAAUUUGGGACUAAUGAGUAUCACAACCAUUUUGCUUUCCUCGUGGACUUCUGGACUACGUUUGUUGAGAUUCGUUGGUGCUUUGUCAUUUUUUUAUUUGCCGCUGCCUUCACAGGAAGCUGGUUCAUUUUCGGCUUGCUUUGGUAUUCGCUUGCAAAAAGUAACGGAGACUUAGAUGUUCUCCAGAACUCGUCCGAAUCGCAGAGGAUGAAAUGUAUAGAUAACAUUAAUAGUCUCACGACCGCCUUCUUGUACUCUUUAGAAACCCAGACGACUAUUGGCUAUGGCGGUCGGGCUCUCACGGGUCACUGCCCGGGCACAGUCGCCCUGUUGAUCAUCCAGUCCCUCAUGGGCGCCAUCAUAAACUGCUUUAUGUGUGGACUCAUUUUGGCAAAGAUCUCUCUCCCGAAGAGAAGAGCAAAGACGGUAACCUUCAGCGAAACAGCGGUCAUUUGUCUUUGGAAGGGGAAUCUGUGCCUCCAGAUACGUGUGGCCAACCUGCGAAAAACACUUCUUAUUGGCAGCCACAUUUACGGGAAGCUUCUCCGAUCCACCAUCACUCCAGAGGGAGAAACUAUCAUACUGGAUCAGGUGAAUAUUGACUUUCUGGUGGAUGCUGGGAAGGACAACCUGUUCUUCGUUUGUCCGCUCACCCUGUACCACGCGAUUGACAAAUCCAGCCCGUUUUCCGAAAUGGCUGCGGACACUCUUCAGCAGCAGGACUUUGAGUUGGUAGUCUUCCUGGACGGUACGGCUGAAUCAACCAGCUUGUCCUGCCAAGUCCGGACUUCCUACCUGCCUCGGGAGAUCAAAUGGGGUUACAACUUCCUGCCCGUCAUAUCUCGCACCAAGGGUGGAAAAUACCGCGUCGACCUAUCCAACUUUUCCAAAACAGAGCCAGCGGUGACCCCGCACUGCGCUUGCUGUUUCCGCAAUGAAGAAAACAAGGAACUCAUUCUCCACCGACACACACGUGAAGGCAUCGAUAAUCUGGGAUUUGAUGUUAUUGACCUUCAAGACUCUGUUGAUGUAACCGAGAAGAGCGAUUAAGAGUUCGCUGCAUCAGUGACCGAUUAAAUACGCAUUAAACGUCCUGUGAUAUGGUGGCACUUUGUACUGUAAAAGUUAGAUGCCACAUAAAAGAGGAGAGAGGAAGAGGAGGACUCGCUGUGUUAAGUACCCUGACAGACGCAUUGGCUGUGUUCCAGAACCUAGUGAGCUGCCUGUGUAGGCAGACUUUAAAGGAAUCAGGCGUUUCUUACACAAAGCCUGUUCCAUAAGGUAGCGAUUGUAAAAACAAGAUGCCUUGUUUUGAUCAAACUGUAAUACCUGUCAAAAAGAAGACAACCAAGACGGUGGAUUUUUAUCAGGAUUCUUUGAAUAGAAAGGUCAGAAAGGCAGCAUUUAUUUAAAAUAGAAAUCCCGUGUAACUAUCGGCAUUUUUAAAGUUCUUUUAAAAAACAAAGCAAAACUGACCAGUCACAUUUGUAUGUGUGUUUGUUUGUUUGUGCGCGUACAUACAUAUAUAUGUAUCAUGUCAGUGGCAAACUACGCAGUACCAUUUUCAUGAUGCAGACUUAGUGUCUAUAAAUACAGUUGCAUUACCUGUGGGUAAAAACAAGCCCCGGUUACCAUAGUGACCCAUUCGCUUCUAAGGGGAAAAUGAAGACAAAUGCUGAAGACAUGCACAUCUUCAGAUGUUUGAUUGCAUGUGCAGCUCACAUCCUGUCGAUGAAUUGCUUUUAAUCAGUGCCUUUUACGCCAUUUUAAUUAAUUUCAUCUUGGAAAAAAUAAGCAUGUUUUUUGUAAAUCGCAUAUUAAUAGAGAAAUCCAUUGGAUGUUUUUCCUUUGUUCCACACUUUCAGUGUAUAACUCUAAACCCCCCAGAGAGCAUUUCAAAACAUUACUUCUUUUGUUAAAAUCCAACCUUAAAAUGCAGAUGUUUUUUAAGACGUCAAGACAGCUCACUAGGUUUUGGAAUAGGGCCAAUAUUUGCAUAUACGUAUAAAAUAUUACUACAUUUUCAUUCUGUUACAUAAAGAUCUAACUUCAAACAGAAUCAAUUGAGAACAGUUUGGGGAGCUCUAUUAGAAAAAGUUCUUUAAAUGCUCUUUGAUUGCAGACAUUGACAAGAGUCGCCUGCUUAGUGUUCAUUGGAGGAUUAGAGCACCAGCCAGAUUAGAUUAAGGAGAAGCACAACGAGGAGGAAGUGGAACCCAGUUCCCCAACUCCAACAUAUGUUACUAAAUAAUUAAUAUGAUAACGUUAUUAAUGUAUUGAAGCAUUAAAAUAAUUCAGGACCAGAGAGAGUUCUUCAUGUUGUGAACACAAGUAAUUUCACGUAACUUUUAAGAAUAGAUGUGAUUUUUCUAAUUGCCUUGUAAACAUUUUUGCUGUGCAGAUUAAAAAGGACUGACCUAUAAAAGACUCGUUCACUCUGAACCGAGUGACUUUUAGAAGGUCAUAACAUUUUAGAGAGGCUGUAAAGGUUCGAUUCCGCAUAAAUGCCACACGUUUUUUUAUCUUUAUUCACUAACCGAUGAGAAAUUUCAAUAUUAUUAAUACAGUAAAGCUUCUUUUAAUUAAACAUUGAAGUGUUUUAUUGCCAUAAUGUCCAUUACAUUUUUCAGGAGGGUUAUAUAUUUUGUCUUCCAGUGUAUCUGACCUCUCCAGAUGACCUACUGUAGUACAAAAAAAAACGUAAAACGUAACAUUUUACGGCAACCAGUUUAAGCUAAUUUUUUAAUUUUCUCAACUAGUUACGACAAAUUUCUUCAUAUUUUACACGGUGGCUUAUUCACAAAUUCAUACAGUGAUUUUUUUUUUUUUCAUUUGUCUACCAGUGAUGUGUAGGUAAUUCAUACAAACUUAACACGUAUAGGCAACUCAUAAAUUGUGUAAAAUUUAGCAAAAAUCACAUGAAUUUGUACGAGUGAAGAAUUAGCCAUCUCAUAAAAAAUGUACGAUUUACCAUGAGAUCGGGCAGUAUUGUAUUUUGGAUAGUUUGUAUAGUUUCAGUAAUUGACGGGGAAAAUAGAAAACAUGUGAACUGGAGUGAAGAAAAUGUUUUAUUGCUACCUUUUAUCAUCCGAAAAUCCUGUGCUGCAUUUCUCCAAUCAGUGACCACGACCAAAGUCCUUUUAAAUACUUUACCUUACCUCGCAGAUCGCAUCUGAGCUUGUGUUCAGUUUUUUGUUCUCUGUUGACAUGCCACAACUCAUAUUUUUCUUUUAAUUAUUUAUUUUAAACAAACAUAAGAGAGUUCAGGACUGACCAAGCAGCUCACAGUCAGCCGUCUCGCUCGGAAAGAUGAUAACCGUCAUAUUUUCAAACUCAAAAAGGCACACGCAGUUUCAUUGUCCAAUUUCCUGGAUGACAGAUGGAUUAGCCAAUCAUGAUCAAGAUUCUAAGCAGAAAAAAUGUAACAUUUAAAUUUUAAAAUGGGUUUCAUAACCGAAAUAUUGCUAAUAAAAUGAAGAUUAUAAUAUAACUUGCAAGGCAGAAAUUUCUUUUGUGUGCUGUUGAGGACAACAUACAGAUCUUUACAAAAAAGUUGAUUCAUAAAUGUUUUUGU